ACACAUACGCAACCAGCAACCAUAUCGUUCUUCUUCAACCUCAGCUGCGUGCGUCUUGGAGGAGUGAGGUGAGUGGACUCCGCCUCUGCUCUGACUGGUUUUCAGUUCCUGCUCCUUCAAGAUGACAGACCAGGGAUCUGCAUAUACAUUAGAUGAAGCACUUCUAGCCAUUGGGUUUGGGAAGUUUCAAGGGUGGAUAAUUGCUUAUGCAGGUCUUGGUUCGAUCGCUGAGGCAAUGGAGGUCAUGAUUCUGUCUUUCAUUGGACCGUCAGUUAGGUCUGAGUGGAACCUUUCAUCUACUGAAGAGAGCCUAAUAACAACUGUGGUUUUUGUUGGUAUGCUUAUUGGAGCAUAUUCAUGGGGUGUCAUCUCGGAUAACUAUGGAAGGAGAAAGGGUCUUCUGAGUAUCGCUAUUGUGACUAGUGGAGCGUCACUUUUAAGUGCUUUCUCUCCAAACUAUAUUUCAUUGGUCAUUCUUCGUUGCAUAGGAGGCAUCGGUUUGGGUGGCGGGCCCACCUAUAAUUCUUGGUUUCUGGAGUUUGUUCCUGCUCCAAGCAGAGGCACCUGGAUGGUUAUCUUUGCAACUUUCUGGACGAUAGGAACGAUAGUUGAGGCUUCUCUUGCUUGGAUCAUCAUGCCCCGUCUAGGAUGGAGGUGGUUGCUUGCAAUAUCUUCGCUUCCUACUUUGGCAGCUCUCAUCUUUUAUGGUCUUGUACCGGAAUCCCCAAGAUAUUUAUGUUUGAAAGGUCAAACAACUGAAGCUCAUGAUAUCCUGAAAAGAGCAGCAGCGAUGAACCAAACACAACUUCCUCCUGGGUUCCUUCUUUCUGAUCAAAUUGCCAGUUCGGACGAUGAACUUGAUACACUGGAAGAUACCUAUUUGCUCUCUCCGAAAACAAGCAAAACGAUUUCUUCUAAAACAGGCUUCUCAACCCUAUGGAUGCUAUUCUCGCCAAAUUUGAUUAAAACCACCUUCUUAUUAUGGGGGGUAUUUUUUGGAAAUGCAUUUUCAUACUACGGGAUCAUACUGCUGACCUCACAACUGAGCAAUGGGCAAACCCAAUGUAGCUCACUGACUUCAUUUUCAGUCACCGAUUCUCAAGAUUCUACCUAUAGAGAUGUUUUCAUCACCAGUUUGGCAGAGGUUCCUGGUCUUGUUUUUUCAGCAUUUGUAGUGGACAGGAUUGGCCGCAAGCAUUCCAUGGAACUCAUGUUCUUCAUAGGCUUCAUAUUCCUUCUACCACUGCUUUCAUAUCAAUUCGAGGUUCUCACAACGAUUUCGUUAUUUGGAUCCCGUAUGUUCAUCGUCGGAACUUUCACCGUUGCCAAUAUAUAUGCUCCAGAGAUAUAUCCAACCUCCAUGAGGGCUACUGGUGUUGGAGUUGCGAGUUCCGUGGGUAGAGUAGGCGGAAUUGUUUGCCCUCUCGUGGCCGUUUAUCUGGUGUCUGGUUGUCAUCAAACUACUGCUAUCAUUCUGUUCGAGAUUGUGAUAAUCCUUUCAGGUUUGUGUGUAACAUUCUUCCCGCACGAAACCAUGGCCCGGGGACUGGCUGAUACUCUUUCUGUGCCUAAUUCGCCUUAAGAAUUUAGUGAUGAUGCACCAAAAGAAAAACAGGAGUUUUGUAGAGAGCCCAUUCCCAUAUUUAUAGCUUUGUAAAUGUACAUCAUUGUAGUAGUAAAUAAGAUCAUACUGGAGGAAACUUUUCCCCAUCGUUCAUUGGACUGUAAUGGACUGAGUCGAAACCAGUUAUUUCAUGUAUUAUUUAUGAUGAAUAAUCAAGUAUGUCAUUUACUA